AUGGCGGCGGCGGAGGCCGGCGGGAUGGGCCUCACCGACCUGCCCGGGGAGCUGCUGGAGCUGAUCCUGUGCAGUGGGGUCCUGAGCGCCGCCGACAUCGGCCGCGUCUCCUGCACCUGCCGCCGGCUGCGGGAGGCGUGCCAGGCCCGCGGCAAGGUCUGGCGGGAGCGCUUCCGCCUCCGGUGGCCAUCACUACUGAAGUACUAUAGCCAUACAGACAACGUCAAUUGGCUAAAGGAAUAUAAAGCACGGCACAAUGCCGGCUUAGAAACUCGACGAAUUGUAGCAUCAUUCUCCAAAAGAUUCUUCUCAGAACAUGUCCCCUGUGAUGGCUUCAGUGACCUUGAGACUCUUGGGUGCCCGGGUCAUUUUUUUGAGGACGAGCUGAUGUCUAUCCUUAACAUGGAAGGAAGGAAGUGUCUAACCUGGAAGUACUAUGCAAAGAAAAUUCUUUACUUUCUACGACAACAGAAUAUUUUAAAAAAUCUGAAGGCAUAUCUUGAACGACCUGGGGACCAACUGUCAUUUUUGGAAGGUGCUGUUUUAAUUGACCAGUACUGUAAUCCUCUCUCAGACAUCUGUCUAACAAGUGUCCAGGCGCAGGUUGACGAUAUCACAGACAAAGUUCGCAAAGUCCUGCGGACCAAAAACCCUAGGCAUCCAAGCUUGGCUCCAAAGGCAGGAGAGGUCUUGAUUGUUUCUGAUGUGGAGUUUCAAAGGCAGGUGCUGGAUGCUGUGAAUUGUGUCCUGUAUGAACAAUUAAAAUACAAAGGAAAUGAGAUGGAUUACUACAACUCCUUGAAUUCAUACAUUCACCAGGUUUUAAUCCGUAGGACGGGAAUCCCUAUCAGCUUGUCUGUGCUCUAUUUAACAAUUGCCAGACAGUUGGGAGUCAGACUCGAGCCAGUCAACUUUCCUAGUCACUUCCUGCUGAGAUGGUGUCAAGGGAAAGAAGGAAGCACAGACAUCUUUGACUACAUGUACAUAGAUGCCUUUGGAAAGGGAAAGCAGCUAACUGUGAAAGAAUGCGAGUACCUGAUUGGCCACCAUGUAACAGAGGAGUUCUAUGGAGUGGUUACUUCAAAGGAGGUCUUGCAGCGUAUGGUGGGAAACCUCUUAAACCUUGGAAAGCGGGAAAGCACUGAUCAGUCCUACCAGCUCUUGAGAGACUCCUUGGAUCUGUACCUGGCCAUGUAUCCGGACAAUGUGCAGCAUCUAAUGCUCCAGGCUAGGUUAUACUUCCACCUGGGAAUCUGGCCAGAAAAGGUUCUGGACAUCCUGCAGCAUGUUCAAGUGUUGGAUCCAUCCCAGCAUGGGGCAGUGGGGUAUUUAGUUCAGCAUACCUUAGAGCAUAUUGAACGCCGUAAGGAGGAAGUGGGACCUGAGGUGAAGCACCAUUCUGAUGAGAAGCACAAAGAUACCUGCUUUUCUAUUGGGCUGAUCAUGAAACACAAGAGAUAUGGCUAUAACUGUGUCAUCUAUGGCUGGGAUCCCACCUGCAUGAUGGGACAAGAAUGGAUUAGAAAUAUGAAUGUCCAUAGCCUACCUCAUGGCCCCCAUCAACCUUUUUACAAUGUGCUGGUGGAGGAUGGAUCCUGCAGAUACGCUGCUCAAGAGAACCUGGAAUAUAACUUGGAGCCUCAUGAAAUCCCUCACCCUGAUGUCGGCCGCUAUUUUUCAGAGUUUACAGGCACUCACUACCUGGCAAAUACAGAGCUGGAGAUUAGGUAUCCUGAGGAUUUGGAACUUUCUUGUGCAACAGUCCAAAAGAUCUACAGCACAGUCAAGGAAUGAGUGAAACUUGAUCACAAGGACAGAAGAAAGUUUAUCACAGCUGCUGCUGUAUCCUCUUUGUGGACAGAAUUAUGGAAGCCAAUUUUCACAAUGAUCUUCAGGCGUAUGCCCCAGGAGUUGCAUCGCACUUCGUAACCUGUGAGAUCGCGUAUGUCUAAUGACCACUCAGUUACCAUCUGCCCACACUAGUCCAUUAAUUUGGGAUGCAUUGGUAUUCCAGACAAGGCAUUCAUUAUCUUGAAGUGACAAUCAAAGUAUGAAGUGUAUUGUCCCCUUGAGCGCUUGCAUUUACCACUUGUGUGUUUAUGCUCGAUUUUUCAUAUUUAGGAUGUGAGCAUGUUACGACUCUAGCUGGAGUCUGGAAUAAUCCCAUGUUAUGGAUAAAGAGAUUGAUCAUACUUGCAGUAUUUUUUUAUAUAUCUAUUCUGUGUAUGCGGUAGUUUUAAGGUCUCUCUGAAGUUCCACAAUUGUUUGUUUCCUCAAUUCUGAUUUUCCUCUUACCCUGAAAAUGAUAAGUGUUGCUAACAUUCCAAUUCUGAAAUCACUUGUCAGCCUCGGCAAUGGCACUGAAACUUUCUUGAACAAGAAUCAUGAGGCACCAUAUGAUGGUGAGUUCAACAGUAACUUGAAUGGACCUCAUACAUGUAACGCUUCCAGCUGUUACAAACGCACCGUUGAAUCAUUUUAUAGAAAAUAAGAUCCUGGCAAUUUUCUCUCCCCAAUAAACUUGUUGUUGGGACCCUGAUUCCUACCUGUACUUUUUCUUCCAUUAAGUUCUCUUCAUGGUGUUGAAUUUGUGAUGUGGUCAUAUAUGUAUUUUUCUACAUGUCUCCUUUUAUCUGGUUGAAACUGUUAAAACUUGUAGUUUGAACCACCAUCUUGUGGUGAAGUCUUUAUUUAGUGAGCUGUUAUCUAUACUGUCAGAUUGCGAUUGUGCCAUGAAAGCCAGUAGAUGCCAGCAUCUGGCAAACAAUACAUGGAGAACUUAUUUCCUAUAUCAUGAUGCCUUCUUUCUUUUGGCAAUGGAAGAUAAUACAAUAAAGUACGGGGAGGAGAAAGGAAUGGGAGGAUAAUGAGAGCUAGGGGAAGCAAUGUAUAUUAGGUGCGUGAUUUAUUAUAAUCUUCAGCUGGUGGGUGAUAAAUCUGAUUGGGUCAUCUUCAAGCCAUAUUGGGUAAUCCAUGUGGGUAUUCUGCCCUUUGAAGGAGAAAAGAGGGUUAACUAUUUGUCCAAAUUCUGACUUCUGCAAGGGAGGUGCUUCAGAAACAGAGGACACUUGAAUUGUAAUGAGGCUGCCGCCGUAGAGUCUGCAAAACCUAGAAAAAUAGUACAUGAUUAUUUUCUUUUAGGGUUACAUAAGAAUUGGAUGUGAAGUUGCAAAGUAUUUACAAAGAUAUGAAAUAUCUACAGUACUUUCGUUUCUAAAUUAAUAACUCUAGGCAGGCUGCAGUCAUUGUUUCUAAUUACCGUGUGGUUACAUAGUUAUAGACAGAAGACUUAGUUAUCCUGCCCUGUAGAGUAAAAUGACACCCUUAUUCUUGUAACAUUUUAAAUGUGUCUGUGCACUAACGUGCACCCUUCUUUUUAAGAUAAUAAUUGAUUUGCAUGCAGUCUUGUGUAAAUAUUUAACAAGCAACUUAUACUUUUCACAGUGAAGGUUCGUGAUCUGCAAGUUCCUCAACACUUGAGAGGCAGCAGAAAAAAACCUAUUAGUGCUAAUAAAAAGGAAAGAAUAAAAUUACACUACAAUAAAUUUUCUGAUAAUCCCAGCUGAAUUAAAGGGGGAUUUAGGUACAAAAUUGUCACUGAUUUUGAGAGUCAUGUAGCUAAAUCCCUGUGCCAACUUCAAACUAAAAUCCAAAUCUCUGUCUCUAAGGGGUUGAAAAUUGUAAUUUUUAGGGCAUAUCCUGAAAGAUUGCCCAUGUUUGGAACGACUCUGCUAGUAGAGUAAAUGAGGGAUCACUGCCUUCGGUUUUAAUUUCUAGGCUGUUGUGCAUCUGACCCUUAAACAUAUAGUAGAAAGAGACAGAUGACUAGGAGUCAGGAUUUCCAGGUUCCCAGCUCUGCCACUACCCACUGUGUGACCUUGGGCAAAUCAUUUCUCUCUGCCUCACUUUUUAUCUGCAGAAUGGAAGGUCUAGUAUUUACCUGUUGUACCUCCCAUGGGUGUUUUGUGACUGUUUGGAAAGCACUUUGAAAUUCUAAGCUGAAAGGUGCUUUAUAAAUGCAAACUCUUAUUCCGCUAUUGAAUAUCAGUGGUACAUGUACAAUUAAACUCCUACACAAGCUCUGGUCAGCAUCGUGUUUGAGGGUGACUUGGUUUUCCUUUGCUUUUAAAGGUAACAUUAAAACAAAAUUUUAACCUCAAGUUAUAACUGUAAAUAUGUAUUGAGACACAUUUUAAAUAUAUGCUAUAAUUUAGUGAUACAAAAUGGGCUCGAAAGUAGCCCCUUAUAGCCUGUUUGUGUAAAUUUUUAUUUGGGCACUUAUAUAUAUUUUUUUAGAAAGUGGAUUUUGGACCUGAUAAAUCCUAGCAACUGUUAUUGACCUUUUUCACAAAUCUGUGACAUAGUCCCUUGUCAUACUUACUGUAUCCGUUUGUGAGGUGGAACCAUUGCAAUGUACUAUUGGAUACGAGUAUUAAAAGUGAGUUAUGUAUAGCUACUUUUCAAACAAUUGUUCAAACAACUGUUAGCUUGUGUCUAUAUUAUAGACUAGGUUGAUCUUGUCCAGGGGUUCUCAAACUGGGGGUCGGGACCCCUCAGGGGGUCGCGAGCUGUCAGCCUCCACCCCAAACCCUGC